AUGGCUGAAUUCUCAAAUCUUCUUGCUCUUCUGUUAGUGACGACAUCAGCAAAAGGCUCCAGCAUCGUGUAUAGAUGGCCACCUUCUCCGGUGUCGUCUCCGAGGUUCAGUCGUGCAAAGCCCGAAACUCUUCAUCCCGACAAUCCAUGGAAGAGCGCACGACCACAUGACUUGCAAAGUACACCACUCCAGUAUGAAAGCGAUCCUGAACGCGAAUGGAAACGGCCAAGUGCUUUUCGAGACCGUUCCUUGUCGACGUCUUUUUCUUCGUCUCGUUCAUCUGGAAAAAAUUCGCCCGAACAACAACAGAGCAGCUCUCUCAAAGAUGAGGAUGACCAUCUUCUCGGUUACCCCUCGGAGUUCCUGGCCAACUUGUUGUGUCCUCGGCGAUCUAUGUGCCACCAGAAAUUUGAGCUCGUGGUAGAAGAUUUAGCAUUCAUAGGUCAUCCUGUUUCUGCAGAAGAUGGGGGUGUCUGGCGUUUCAAACCAGAGAAGGUCAAAAUGAACGAUAGAGGCCGCGAAUCAAGGAACAGGAGAGCCCAGGCUGAGCAUCCAGACUCACGUCCAGCUUCCUCCGAAAAAGUUUCUCCCACCUCGUCAGCAUCGUGGUUAGAACGCUUUCACUUCGUGAUGGUGUUGGACGUGCCCGAUCCAUCAUCCUCUGCCUCUGGAAAUAUUACUAAAUAUUUUGACAUCAUAUACGAACAAAUCGCCUUCCCAGUCGCCGCUGUCUUGUUCCAAGAACAGGUAUUGUACAACUUUGUCGAGGAAGAAUGCGAAAGACUCGGAUCCUUGAAGGAUGAACGCUCAAAGGAAGGCGAUGAUUUCACUGCCUACAUGCACCAGGCUCUUACAGUCUCUUCAAUUGCGCCAGCAAUGAAGACGCUAUUCGAAGCCCUGAAAUCGUCCUCUGUCGCCUAUGUCACCAUUCACAACUUGCCACUGGAACUGCAACUGCCCCCAUACCUUGAAGCGCUCCUUCAUUCGGAAGAGGACGAAAACGAACCUGUCGACUCUUUUGACGACAAUGAGACUCAGUCAUGGGGCCAGGAAAUGAGUUUUGGAUACCGCUUGCCCACUCUUACUGCCUGGAAAAGUCUCCUUCUGUUGGACGAUAGUCCUGAAGGUGUCGACCCUUUUGAGAACCUCCGCCAAAGCCUCGUUGACACGGGAGACCGAUCGCUUGUAGAGAGUUUAUUGAGAUUCCUCGAGUUGUCGUCCGUUACUCUAUCUCUGGCCGACCUUGCCAGCCUUCUCGAUUGGGAUCUUGAGACUCAAGUGUUCCCGACCGUCAGAUGGCUUGUCCAUCAUCGACGAGCAAAAAUUGUCGACACUGUGCACCCGGGUCUGAGGACUAUAUUCACACUACCCGCUAAAUUCAACUAUCCGCUAGCUCAGCUGACGGCAGAAUUUGACCAGGAAUUUUCAUCGCAGGAGGUACCUUCUCUACCUCACCUGCUUGCCAAAAUAUCAACUUCGAAAGAGCGCGACCUCCAUUUUUUCGCGUCAGUGGUGAUGGACAAGGAUCUGAUCCCGCUCUAUAGCGAAGUGGUAAUUUGGAUGCUAAAGCGGGAUAUGAUAAUAACGCUUCAUCUGCGUGUGCGUAUCAUUGCCACUGUCGAAUUGAAGGAGGCCGCCAGGCUCGCCAAAGGGCGAGUCCGAGACAAGAAGAGUGGUGGGCGAGGCGGACAUAGCAAGCUGCGCAAUCAACUUGACACUGAUGGGAGCCUCUCUCCUCCAGGCGCGUCGUGGUUGUCGAUGUCUCCGAAAACCGCACGCAAAUAUGCUCGAGCGCCUUCUAUUAGUGGGUCUCGUCACAGCAGACUGAGUGAGCUCCUCUUGCACGACGACAGUGGCGAGAGCGACGAGAAACGCCAUGACGAAGAGUCAACUGACACCCAAGACGAAGCGAGCGAAGAUGAAGAUGAGCCGUCCAUUAUCAAUGAUCCUGGCCAGGCAACACCAUCACAACGACGAUGGCUUUCUGUCAUGUCGUAUGGAAAAGACCCGACAUUGGUUCGCCAUUUUGAAAGGAUCAACCAAUAUUUUGAUGGUAAAAGGACUGACGACGAAAUUCUAUAUCGCGCAGAAAUGAGUCGGCGUGAAUUGCGCGAAGUUUUACACGCUUACGACGAACAUCUUUUGACUUUUUUGCAUCCGUCGUAA